AUGGUCGCUCAACAUCCAAACCUAGACAACAUCACUCAGAUCUUCAGCUUCAACUACAAAUCUCUCACUCCUUACGCUGGACUAAAUGAUACGGUCAUGUUAUGGGGAGUGAAGUUCUAUAAUGACUUUUUAUCGGAAGCAGGGCCUCUUGUGAAUGUGGAGUCUGAGAUUCUGUUCCGUAAGGAUCAAGCAACGUUUACGUUUGAGAAAGGAUGGGCUUUUCCUCGUAGGAUCUACUUUAAUGGAGAUAAUUGUGUCAUGUCUCCUCCUGACACUUACCCUUUUCUUCCUAACGGUGGUUUCAGGCAACAGUUCUCUGUCUUCCCCGCUGUGCUCUUACCUGUUCUUCUCUUCUUCUUGUUCUCCACGUAA